GUCCUGGUUCAGAGUCUGGAUGGGAGCACUGGGGCUGCAGGGCCGGGGUGGGAGGCCCCAGGGGACGGGCUGCCUCCUGCUGGCUGUGGCAGGAGCCACUUCGCUGGUGACCCUGCUGCUGGCAGUGCCUAUCACUGUCCUGGCUGUGCUGGCCUUGGUGCCCCAGGAGCAGGGAGGACUGGUAAUGGAGUCCGCAGGCCUGGGAGCACAAGCCCAGCAAGGACUGAGUAAGAGCAAUGGACUCCCUUCCCGUCUGCAUUCCCAGAUACCCUCUUCCUCCAAGAAUCCAUUCCUGCGCCCUGGCGCCCUGUCCUCUCAUGGGAAGCAUCCAUGGGUGGCCACCCUGCCCCCAAUUGUGGCCUCUACACCAGUUCCAGGGUUUCAGCAACUGCAGGAAGAGAAGCCAGAAACAGAUCUCAGUUCCAGGCUCCCGGCUGCCCACCUUAUUGGCGCGUGGAUGAAGGGACAGGGGCUAAGCUGGGAGGCGAAGAAAGAAGAAGCGUUUCUAAGGAGCGGGACGCAGUUCUCUGGCGCCGAGGGGCUGGCCCUCCCGCAGGACGGCCUCUAUUACCUCUACUGUAACGUCGGCUACCGGGGUCGGGCGCCACCUUCCGGCGCGGGCCCUCAGGAUCGCUCCGUCACGCUGCGCAGCUCGUUGUAUCGAGCUGGUGGCGCCUACGGUCGGGGCGCUCCCGAGCUGCUGCUGGAGGGCGCCGAAACCGUGACUCCAGUAUUGGACCGUGCCGGGAGGCCACAGUACAGACCCCUCUGGUACACGAGCGUGGGGUUCGGCGGCCUGGUGCAGCUCCGGAGGGGCGAGAGGGUGUACGUCAACAUCAGUCACCCCGAUAUGGUGGACUAUAGGAGAGGGAAGACCUUCUUUGGGGCUGUGAUGGUAGGGUUAGUGCCCUCUGCGUCCCUAGGAAAAUGUCUGCAUAGUGCGAAUGUAUGAAUCGACCCAGGGAUUGGGGACCCAGACGCCCGGGAUCCCAGGGCAGUAAGAAAAAUAUAGGAAACUGUUUAGAAACUGAUUUUGAACCCAAUGAAAAUAAAGAAUGUAAAGCUUUAGUGCCGUCAGUACGGAA